AUGUCGAGUACCUGGCAAGAGAUCGGGCGGAUAGACAAGCAGGCGGACCGCGUCCAGCAGCAAUUCGUUGGCGACAUCUCGACCGCGACGGGGAUCGGGAGGCCGUACCUCCUCGGUCUGACAAGCCGCUACGAAGCUAGUGUCGCGUUGCGUAUGUCGUGGGCCGCAUCACGAAAAACGACGCGAAUCGAGGAUACGGCGUAUUGUCUGCUAGGCUUGUUCGACAUCAACAUGCCGCUGCUGUACGGCGAGGGCGAGAAGGCGUUUCAGCGCCUGCAGCAGGAGAUCAUGAAAGUGUCCACGGACCAGUCCAUCUUCGCCUGGGAGUGGACGCUCGAAACAACCCCUUGCGAGGGCGACCUGAGCUUUAUUGCCCCGUCUCCCAACUGCUUCGCUCGCUGCGGCGAUUUCGUGCAGCUAGAGGAUAGAUACCGAAGCAUAGCGGCCAGCACGUUUACGCUGACGAACACGGGUCUCUCGCUGCGGCUUUCAAUCCAUCCGAUGCCGCGGACCGGGCUCGCGUUUGCCCUGCUAGAGUGCAGUCAUCGGUGUUACUCCAAGAUCGGCCAAUACCGCCUCUGCAUCCCGAUCCGGCUGGGACCGAAAUCCGCUGCCGAUGGCACGCAGCUGUGCGAACGGCUUGCCUGGCCACCACUACCAUUGUGCAUUGCAUUCUUCUCCCCGGCCCUCCACCAGCUACACAUACCGCGCCGCUCACCCCGGCCACACACGAACUUCGAGGGCCUGCCAACCGAGUUUCUGCAUCGAGACGACAGCCAUCGCAAGGGCUGUUCCAUCUUCCUCCUAUUCCCGCCGUCACGGUAUCCAUACAUCAUCAAAAGCAUGCGCCACUCCCCCCAGGCGGCGCUGAAGGGCGACAACGGAGACGAUGACCCACAUGAUGAUGGCCCGGUGGAGAUGAAAUACGACACCAUCGGCACGGUCGAAUUCCACAGCUGGCGCUCGACAGAGGAGUAUGACUACGUGGGCGUGAUCGUCGAGGUCACGCACCGCAGCCACACUGUCUGGAUCCAUCUCUGGGUGUGCCGGGACGCCGACUUCAUCUUCAAGGCGUGCCGCAUCCUCAAGACGCGGCGGAAUCUGCUGUUCUUAUCCUCAGCCUCCUCCUCUUCAUCGCCGUCUUCUUCAAAGGCAACGCCUCCUGGUCUGGCGAGCGGCAAACACAUGCUAGGCAACCGGCGGUACACGAUGGACGACGCGGUCGAGUCCGUACGGCGCAGCAGCUCCGCGUUGUGGGACAGCGAGGCGCAGAGCGACUGGUUCGUCGAGAUGGGCGCGCAGGCCGUGGAUGGCACGGGCAUGGUCAUCGUGCCGGUCUACAUCGACUGCGAGAUGGCGGAGCGUGGGGACCCAGAGUUUGGGCGGUGGAGGAAGGAUGGCAGUGAGAAUGGAGGAGGACUGUUAGGAGGGAUCAGGAGGCGGUUUGGGAGGCGUGUCAUGUCGGCAUAG